AUGGCGGCCAUAAGCCUAGAGAAAAAUUUUCUCAAAUACUCUUUGACUAUCCUCGGUAUUCUCCAAGGGGGAACAUCCUUUGUUCUGUUCCCCGCAUCAAGCGUCGUCAAUUACACUCAGUCAUGCGGUGCAGCGCUGUCAUUAAACGUCACUGCCUGUGGCGCUGUUGUUGCGGCCUUUUCUCCAAGCGAGACAUACAGCGAAACGACAUUGAAGUCAUUCUGCACUGCCGAAUGCAGCAUUGCACUGGUGCAGUGGACACAGGCUGUUGACAGUGCUUGUGGUGGGGUGACGUAUGUAGACGACGCUGGGACAACUCUACCUUUAUCCUCCAUUCCAAGCUCUUUAUCAUACAACUUCAACCAAACCUGCCUGACGAGCGGCGGCGAAUACUGCAAUAUAGUCCUGGGGAAUCUCACCGCAUCACUGACUGAAAACUCCACCGGAACGGUCAUCUGUGACGACUGCUAUUUACUAUCUUUGUACAAAGAGGCGCUAUUCGAGUAUGGGGAUGGGCCACUGGUCCGUUCUAGCAGUCUGUUCCAAAGUUACACCUCGCAGUGUUCGUAUACAGGUUACACCCUACCGCCGACUACCACCACUUCACUCGGCUGCUAUAACUUCAACCGGACUAUUGGGUACCAAAUAUGCGUGAACGAGCCAGGACAAAAAUAUACCAUCCCAACUACAACAGUUGGCGCGGCUACAGUCUUUUCCACGGCUGCCGCCGUGCCUACCGACAUUGCUUCCAAUACCACUCAGAAUUGCGGUGAAUAUUAUGUGGUUGCAGCUGGAGAUGAUUGCGAUGUAAUCACAUUGGCCUUCGGUAUUUCUCUCGCAGAUUUCAGGGUACUCAAUCCAGGAAUAAAUGUGAAUUGUACCAAUCUGGAUGCGGAAGAGAGUUACUGCGUUGCUCCAGUAGGCAGCAUCGAUAGCUACCCUAAUGCCCCCGGAUAUACGGGUAGCUUUGUGGCCACCUACUCGACCAUCGCGUAUUCUGCACUUCCCGAUGCAACGUAUACGCCCAUUUUCUCCCUAACUAGCUUGCCCCUGGCCCCAUCAACACGAACGGGAUGCUAUAUAUACGCCGACGGGUCUGAUCUCAAGUACAACAUGACUGGAGUGAGCGACUGUCUCGCCGCCUCGGUUUUCUGGGCAUUCAACCUCACCACGGACCUGCCCGUCUGGAAUCCUUCCAUCUUGAACACCACGGCGAAUAAUUGCACAUUUGACUCCAGCUAUAGAUAUUGUGUAAUUGCAGACGGCCCCACCUCCACGGAUAAUAUCAUAACAGAGACAUACACCUUGGCGAAGUACUCUUCCACUCCGACAAGUGAACCUUCAGCCUCAAUCACACGCAUGACCACGCCGGUCUUGUCGGCCACCGGGAGCCCAGUAAGCACCAGCCCCACGGCUACCACGGUCACCACCACCUCUUCUUCUUCGUCUUCCUCCACGGCAGUACCAUCGCCAACCCAAGCCGAAAGUAUCUCCCGCAACUGCAACCGUUACGCCGAGGCCCUCAGCGGCGAUACCUGUACCCUUUUCGCGACCAACAACAACAUCACCCCGGACGAACUGUACAACUGGAAUUCCGUGCUAGGUGUCAAUGGCGCAAGCUGCAGCACUGCCCUUCAGGCCAACGUUUGGUACUGCGUGGGGGUCGCGGUCCCGUCUCCCAUCCUGGAAAACAACGCCAUUCCCGGGAAUUGCGACCUCUAUGCCGCGGCUGUGAUUGGGGAGUACUGCAGCGUGUUCGCGACGGAGCACGGUAUCACAGCUGCGGAGCUAUAUGCGUGGAACCCGGUGCUUGGGACCGAUGGCGCGGAUUGCGGCACCGAGUUUCAGGCAAAUGUGUAUUAUUGCAUCGGUGUCAAUGGAGAGGCGGCCUCGACGAGUUAG